AUGUACGUCUCUUCGGCCUCGUUCUCGCGCCCCGAAGCUCACUCGCGCCCAGUGACUGUCGGAUUCUUUGGCGACAUCUACGUCCCCCUUGUUUACCUGCCGGACCCCUGCGCCUUCGACCCAGAAGAGCGAGCACAUUUCCGGCUUCCAGGAUCGGAAGCAACUUGCUUGUCGCACGAACUCCUCGAGUUGCCCCUGACGGACCGGAUGUGCAUCAACGCCGGCGAUGUCCUCCGGGUGCGCGUCGAGGCAGACGGGUUCCAUGACGAUGAGCUUGGUCCGCAGAAGACGCGUGAGGGCGUUGAACAAGCUCUGAGCGCCUUCCCUGCUUCCCCCUGUCGGUGA